AAGUCUGAUAUCCUCACUUCGAGCUCCCCUCAUCUUUGUCCUUUCUCUAUUAUCGUCCAGCACAAUAUGUCGUCUAUUACCGAAAGAAUUACACAAUUUGUUUCGCCCACCGGAAAGGGCGCUGCUCUCGCAAAGAACGAUAAUGACGUCGUCAUCGUAUCUGCUGUUCGGACAGCUAUGACCAAGGCUAGGAAAGGUGGUUUCAAGUCCACUCACCCCGAAGAACUUCUCUCCGCCGUCCUACGCGCAUCAUACACCACCGCCCUCCCCAAACCGCUCGACCCGGCUCUCAUCCAAGAUAUCUCGGUUGGAAAUGUCUUACCCGCAGGCGGAGGCGCGACAGCAGCACGUAUGGCCGCACUACACGCUGGAAUCCCGAUUGGAACCCCAAUAGCGACGGUGAACAGGCAAUGCUCGAGUGGAUUGACGGCGGUGAACCAGAUUGCAGGGCAGAUUGCGACGGGACAGAUUGAUAUUGGAAUUGGUGCCGGUGUCGAGUCAAUGACCUUUGGCUACGGUCCCGCUGCUCAGCCUGCGUCCUACUCCUCCGAAGUCCUAUCACAUCCGGCGGCUGAGGACUGCUUGAUUCCAAUGGGAAUUACUUCGGAGAAUGUUGCAAAGGAGUACGGUAUCUCAAGAGAAGCUCAGGAUAAGUUCGCCGCCAGGAGUUUCCAAAAGGCUGCUGAGGCUCAGAAGGCUGGUAAAUUUAAAGACGAGAUUAUCCCCGUUUCCGUGAAAAUCGGCGACGACGAGAACGCGAAGACAGUGAUUGUCGAUGCGGACGAUGGUGUCAGAGCGGGCGUCACUGCAGAGAGCCUCGGCAAACUCAGGCCAGCAUUCGAUGAAAACGGCUCGACUCACGCUGGCAACGCUUCGCAGGUGUCGGAUGGUGCUGCUGCUGUCCUCCUCGCCCGAAGAUCUGUCGCGAAACAGCUCGGUCUACCGAUCUUGGGCAAGUUUGUUGGUGCUCAGGUCGUCGGCGUCCCACCACAUAUCAUGGGUGUUGGUCCCGCCUUCGCGAUUCCGAAGGUUCUCGAAAAGACUGGUCUGAGCAAAGAUGACGUCGACUUCUUCGAGAUCAACGAGGCCUUCGCCAGUCAGGCGAUCUACUCAAUUGACACAGUCGGCAUCCCAUACGAGAAAGUUAACGUCAACGGCGGUGCAAUCGCCAUGGGACACCCGCUUGGAUGCACCGGUGCCCGUCAGAUCGCGACAGGAUUGAACAUCGCGAAGCAGACGGGCGGGAAGAUCUUCGUGACGAGUAUGUGUAUCGGGAGCGGGAUGGGCAUGGCCGCUGUGUUUACGAGCGAGCAAUGAUCGCUGCUCUGGCCGUUUUGCCUCCGCGAUCGAACAUACCCACACAUUGGCUUUUUAUUGUGUAGUGAGUAGACGACGGCUCGAAGCCAAGAUGAGAGCCGUUGGGUGGAUGUCACCUCGGAUGUGUUGUACGGUAUUUUUAUGUUUUUCAACACUUUGUUGCCAGGAUCUGUUGGUUCUGUAUGACGCUGUAUUUCC